UUAAAGAAACCGAUAAAAUGCUAGUGAUAUACCAAUUUUUUAUAUGAUAACUGUCCCUCCAUCAGCUAAUUCUGCUCCAGCUAAAAACUGAACGUUAUUAAUGUAAAAAAUCUGGAUAUUCCACUCUUGCAAUAUAAUUUCCUCCUUUCGCUUGUUGUUUUACCCCUUUUUGCGCCAACACGAAAAUUCAUGUACAAUUCUAUUUUGACUCACUCAGUGCUCGCUCUCGCUAAAGAUGCAAGGGUAAAUGUAUGUGCGCGUGCGCACGUUUGGUGGGGUUUGAGAGGAAGCAAGAAACACGAAAAGCGUCACGACGCCUCUUGCCGACUUCUUGUUUGGCAGUUGAAAAGAGGCGUCUGCAAGGAACGUAACGCGACGACGCCGCCGGCGCUUACGAUACAACGACGAAAAAAACGAAAACGACGUAGAGGGGACAUACCUUCUUCACGAAAAACGAACAAUUAUUUUAAACCUGUAAUACAUUUACUUCCACUUUCAUACCACACUACGCAAUCUAUUUGAUGUACCUCCUGUUAAUAUUUUUCAUGCUAUUGUUCGCUUUAAUUUUUAUUAACGAUACCAAUUUUUCUUCAAUUUUCCUGACUAAACUGAUUAUCCUGGUAUCUUUAUUCACUUUGACACUUAACUAUCAAACAAAUCCUUAAUUUCUACGUUUUAUUAUCAAACGAUAUAAAAUUUAUAUGCGUCAAAUGGCGUUUCACUUCGACGAGAAAAUGGUGUGGCUUAUUAAUUAAACGACGAAAUAUUUCGAGUUAUGAUUUUAUUUUAAACGAUAUUGAAGUUCAUAAAAGCAUAUAUUUUUUAAUAUAAUGGCUGCAACCACUUUGGACUCUAUUGACAUUACAAAUAUUCUCGCGCAAGAACUGCUGUAUCAACAGUUGGUGUCGUCCUUGGAUGGACUACACAGCGGUGUGCCAACCCGCACGACACCGACCCUGACGCCAACCACACUGCGCACGAUCGAACAGACGUUUUUGGAGUUCACGAGUGAAUCAGCGUCACACAGUCGCGAGGCGGGCUUUGUACCACCCUUGAUCGAGCCUUCUCAACCUACUCCGGCUCAAACUCAGAACAACGCAAGCCAGCAACAACACGAGAUUCAGCAACAGCAGCACGAACCUGAACAACAGCAGCAUAAUAACGGAUUAUUAAGCGUGCAGCAGACACAACCCCAGCAACAACAGCCGCUCCAACAGACAAGACGUAAUAUGGGUGGCAGGAGACCGACAAGGACGAUUGGUAUGAGCCCUGAAGAAGAAGAGAGAAGGCAAAUUCGCAGGGAGCGCAAUAAGAUGGCUGCAGCAAGGUGCCGCAAAAGAAGAAUGGAUCAUACCAAUGCUCUACUAGAGGAAACCGAGGGCUUAGAACAGAAAAAACAGAGCCUGCAAGAUGAGAUUCACCAGCUGCAACAGGCGAAAGAUGAACUUGAAUUUAUGCUGGAAGCUCAUCGCGCCGUGUGUCGCCUUCAGUCUUCUUCACCUCCUGAUAUCAAGCCCAUCAUUCUUAACAAUAAGCCACCGAACAAUAACAAUAAUCUUCAAUCUGAGGAGUUCGCCGAAAUUCCUUGCAUCACUAAGCAGCAACAGCAACAGCAACAGCAACAGCAACAACAGCAGCAACAUGACGAUAGUUUGAAUGGACUGCGACCCAAUCGACCGAACUCUCUAUCCGUAGGUUUUGAUAACAAUAAUCAGCGGCCGAAUUCCUUACCGAUUUUUACCGAGCCCAAACCUCGACCCUCGAGUCUCCAGUUCAAGAGCAUAGAGACGCCGACCUUUAUGAAGACGGCUAACGAGGUUGCAGGCAUACCUAUUACCACACCGUCGAGCGGCAUACCUUUCAAUUUUGACUCUCUAAUGGAGGGUGGAACGGGUCUUACGCCAGUCUCCACGCCCCUCGUGCCUUCAUGUUCAAGUCAACAAAGGAGCAAUGGUGCUGGAGUUGCUCACCAUCAUCACCAUCAUCACCACCAUCAUCAUCUUUCAGCCGUAGAUUUGAGUUCGCCAGAUACCAAUCCGCCCAAGCUCGUAAGCUUGUGACGCCAGGAAGACUUUGGGUUAGUUGAGACCAUUGAAUUUGAGCCGGCUGAAGGCGAGCCUGAAUGAAGGGACAGGCGUCACCACCUCAACAAGCCUCUGAGCAACCAUUGGACACACUCGUUACCAUAUUUGUGUAUUUGUAGACACGCAUGGGAAAAAUUUCCCAGGUCGUGAACCAACGGACGGAACUGAGCUAUGAGUCAAGCAGACUCGAAAAUUUCAUACGACACGAGUGUCUUCAUUUUUUUUCUUUUCUUUUUUGUUGUUUGCUUAACUAUUGUUUUUGAGGAAAGGAAAAUAUUUUUCUUGUAAUUAUUGGAAAUUGGAUAAUUGUAAAUGUAUCAGUUUUUCAGUAUUGAAUUUUUGAAUGUGAAUAAAAGCGACUGGACGUAAAAAAUUGUAAAUUUGGAGAUUUUAUAUAUAAAAGGGUAUAGGGAAAAUUAGUGACGUGAAUAUAUUUUGCUGUGUUGUACGUGCUGAUUUUUGUCGAUACCGUUUCUCUUCUAUAUUGAGGUCGUAAGAUUUUAAACGACUAGGUGCUUCGUACAACGCUUCAUUCAUGAGAAAUUAGGCUAUUUCGUAUGGAGUUUAAGUGAGGCCUCAGAUAAAGAAGGUGCGAUAAACUUUAUGCAAGGUGAUAACGAAUAAAAUAACAUUAAACAUAAUUUAAUAAUGAUAUUAUUAAAUGAGCAUUGAAAUGAACUAGUUAUAUCAAUUGAUAUUUUUAUGAAGUGAAUUUUUAUAUUUUUAAACUUUAAAAAGCGAUGAAAUAAUAGA